AUGCUAGAUGAGAAUCUGCCGACCUUUGUCCUUAAACCAUCCAAAGACAAACCCAAGCAAUUGUCCACCUUUCUCUUUUCCCAGCAUGGAGCCGAAUAUGAGCCCUCUUACACGGUACGACAUUUAGACCCAGACCAACAUGCUUCGAGAAACCGAUAUGCGGCAGCACUAUACGAUGCCUUCAGCCCUGAAGUUCUCUAUGCCGAAGUCCUACUCAUUCCUGAAUGGACCCAACCUCCUCCUCUCUCCGAGCAAGCCAGAUUGAAUGGUGCGAUCCCACCCCCUCCCGAACCCAUCCUCCCGUCCGAGUUCGUCAUACAGCUGUACAAUCCAGAUCAACAGAUUGUGGUGAGACACAAGACGGCAAGUUUCAACAGAUCUGCAUCAUGGGAAUUCGAGAUGCCACAACAGACCUUCCGGGCUCCAUCCGGGUCUGCGCUUGAUCGGACACAGUAUGAUCCAGCUGCUUCCGAAAUCACGCCCAAAAUUGUCUUCAAGUGGAAGAAGGACAGCAAAUUCUCAAAAGAUCUGGCAUGCUUCAUGUCUGGCAAGAGUACGGAUAUAGAAGGUAAAGGAAAACACAGAGACCCAGACAUCACGGUGUCAAUAUUCAAGGCUCUGAAAGAGCUGACCUUGUACGAGCCAAAUCUGCAGAGGGUGGACAUUGAGGAUCUGAAAGGGUUCGAGGUAGUCCUCCUGCUUGGGGCUGUGGUGAUCCGUGACGUAUAUUUUGGUUCUUUGAAGGAAGCCUUUAACCUUUCUGUCAGCAAGAAAUCCAACCCGGCUAGCCCAACUGCUGGAAGUGCAAUCCUACAAUCCGACGCCAGACCUCAAUCAGUUUCCCCUACCCACGACCCGCGAAUACCAUCCACAGACCCGCGGACUCAGUGGGAGAUCGAAGCAGAGUCUGCUCGACUGCGGAGGCAGGCGCUAGAGGAAGAAAGGCAAAGGCGGCGCCGUGAAGAGGAGGAGGAACGAUUGACCCGGCAGCUGUUGGAAAGGGAGGAGAAAGAACACCGGAGGAAAAAGCAUGCGGAAAUUCAACAGGAGACUCAGUGGCUCCAGCAAAUGUAUGGACGGGAAGAUGCAUCUGCCCGUCCAGAUCUUCCUCCUCGAGAUCAGCGGCACCACUCCGAAGCAGGACAAUCAGCUUAUCUUCAGACGCAACAAGGACAAUAUCCCGUGGCACCAUAUGUCAACGGCUGGGGGGGAUAUCCCCCAGGUCCGUACAUGUCGGGAGCUGCUUCACAGUCAAGUUUUCUCACGCCCGUGCCUGCACAGCAACCACAAAUCAAACCAAAAUCGAGCAUUUUCAAUUUUCGGCGUCGAAGCGACCAGGAUGCAAACAAGUUGCAAAGGAAGCGAAGUGCCGUGUUUUGA